AUGGCUCUCGAGGAGCCUCCUCUACGUGGACAAGUUGUGAUGAGACUAGGCUUUUUUCUUCUGUUUGUCUUGCUAGGGCUCGAUUUGUCGUAUGCCAGCGCACCAAGUGGACCCUGGGAUGCCUUCAACCUCGCCCCAGAGUCCAAGACGGUGUAUCCAGCUGCAAUCCACUCCUCGCACGGCACUGUCAAAAACUCAAAUCUACUCGUUAAAAACAAAGGAAAAGCAUCUCUAUCAACCAACGGCUCGUGGAUUGCUCUAGAUUUCGGUAUCGAAGUUGGGGGCCUGAUUUCUCUCAACUUGAACGACAACCCAUCUCCAUCCUCGUUCUCCCUCUCGUUCACCGAGUCACCCGCAUUCAUCCGUCCCUCCGCAUCGGACGACUCGUCCUUUCCCUCUGCGAACACCACGUACGACGGUGUGCUGCAGGUGUCUGUACCCGCGCACGCAGGGUAUUGGGUGCAACCUGCAUCCUCUCUGCGUGGUGGGUUCAGGUACCUCACCGUCGUAUCCAACUCGGAAAAUGAUAUCACGCUGUCGAAUGUAUCCUGUGCUAUCUCGUUCGUCCCGCACUUGGAGAAUAUGCGGGACUACGCGGGGUAUUUCUACGCCAAGGAUCCACAGUCGAAAGACGAAGAUUUGUUAACGAAAAGUGAUAUGGGUAUCGCUGUGCCCACGCAGUUCGUCUCGACGAACGAUCUGAUCCCGACGCGGAAUGCAUUGUCGACGAUGUUUGCUGCUAUCAACCCUAAAACGGGUGCGCUCCCUGAAUCUGGUCCGCCGCUUAGCCAGCAGGGAUCGGAUACGUACCAUGCAUGGACGCUCAUUGGGACAUAUAACUAUGUUUUGUUUUCUGGGGAUGUUGAGUGGUUGCAGGGUGUGUGGGCGAAUUAUACGAAGGCGGUAGCGUUUUUGGAGGGUAAAGUGGAUGGGACGGGGUUGAUGGAUGUGACGGGUUUGAGAGAUUGGGCGAGGCAGGGCGGGGGAGGGUAUAACGCCGAAGGGAACGCAAUUCUGUACAAGGUGCUCACCACCGCAUCAUCCCUCGCAUCCACCAUGUCCCUCCCCUCCCUCUCCUCCACCUACUUACAAAACGCAACCGCACUCAAAUCGGCAUUCAACAACGCGUUCUGGCUUCCUAGUAAAGGGAUGUAUCGUGAUAAUCAGACGACGACGCUGUGUCCGCAGGACGCGAAUUCGUUUGCGAUCUUGUUUAAUUUGACGGAGAGGGAGGAGCAGAAGAGGAUGGUUAGUGAUGGGCUGGUGAGGAAUUGGAAUGGGAUUGGGCCUGUUGCGCCUGAGUUGCCGGAUACGAUUAGUCCGUUUAUAAGUGGUUUUGAGAUACAAGCACAUUUUGAGGCAGGGAACGACGCGCGGGCGAUGGAGCUCAUCCGCCGUACCUGGGGAUACAUGUUGACCACUGAUCUGUCAGUGCAGAGCACUUUGCUAGAGGGAUUCACAGCUAAUGGAUCACUCGCAUAUCGAUACAACCACGGAUACAACGACGAUCCAGCGUACACAUCACACAGUCACGGAUGGAGCUCGGGUCCCACUCCCGCGCUGACGUUCUAUGUCCUUGGACUAACGCUCACGGAACUGCAAGGCAGGACUUGGGCGCUUGCACCCCAUUUUGGAGGUGGGCUGCGAGCGGCGGAGGGUGGUUUUCAGACGGGGCUAGGGUGGUUCGGUGUCAAGUGGUCGGCUGUGUUUGGGGAGCAAGGAGAGGUGGAAAGUUUGAUGAUGAGUGUUGAGACACCGGAAGGGACGAAUGGGGUGGUUAUGCUUCCGAAAGGUAUUAAUGGAUGGAUUGCGGUGGAUGGGUCACGGCUGGAAAAUCUGAGCCUGCAGGAUAGUCGGGGGGUUACCUUGAGAUUGAUAGGAGGCAAGCACGAAAUCCAAGUACAACCCGUCUAA